UUCCCUUCUUCCUACACCCCUUGCGUUGCAGCCGACACACAAGGCCGACGUAAACAUUGUAAACCGGACUCGGGAAAUAUUGCAUGCCAUUGCACUCCAAAUAUGUCACGUGCGAUAAGGCUUGCACGGCCCCUGAUUGCGCAGUAUCAGAGUUCCGUUGCAAGUAAAAUUCCAUGGAGCAUAGUGCACACCCUUGGAAAUGGAAACACCAGCAUUAGCCGCGACCAGAGAUUCCUCCAGUGCAGAGGCAUGGCAGGACAUUCCAAGUGGGCGAAUAUUAAACACACAAAAGCUGCCAAGGAUGCUGAGAGACAGAAGAAAUUUAUGAAGUGUUCAAGGCUCAUAAAGCUUGCUGUUAAAGAAGGUGGAAGUGUAGACCCUAAGCUGAACUCAAAGCUAGCCAAAGCAAUCGAAUUUGCCCGGAGUUGCUGCAUGCCCGUGGCGAGCAUUGAAAGUGCAUUAAAAGCAUCUCAGAAAUCCCAAGAUGACGCUAAACCAGCAAUUAUGGAAUAUAGAGGACCUGGUGGUGUAUUUAUUUUAACAGAAUUGCUUACUUCAAAUAUCUCUCGUACCAGGCAGAUGCUACAAACAGUCCUUAAGAAACACAAUGUACAGGAGACAAAAGGAGCUCUAAGUAUGUUUGAGGAAAAGGGCGUUAUUAUAGCAGAGGGUAAUGGAUUAUCUCUGGAGGCUGCAAUGGACAGUGCGAUAGAAAUAGGAGCUGAGGAUGUUGAAGAAGAAGAAAAUGGUCUUGUGUUUACAAGUACACCAGAUGACUUUUUAGCCGUCAAACAAGGCCUGGAGAAUCUCAAGUAUAAUAUCAGCUAUGCAAGUGUGGAUUUCAUACCUAUAUCCCCCAUCACCCUAAAUGAAAAUGACCAAGAAGCACUGGACAUCAUUAUUCAGAAAAUGGAAGAUAUUGAUGAUGUUAUGAAAGUGCAUGUUAGUUUAUAGUUGUAUAUGUAUUAAUAAUGUGAUUUCUUAUGUGACAUACCUUUUAAUUUGAUUAACCUCUCUAUAGUCUGUGCUGUUUGAUAUAUGUGGGAUAGAUUUACUGUUGUUCAGGCUCUAAUUUUAAUGAAACAAGUGCAUAUUCAAUUCAUAUGAUUGGUUAAUUUAGCUCAGAUUUUUUUUUUUUUUUUUUUUUCUGUAUCUAAUGCACAGUUGGGAAUAUUCUGUGUUUAAUACAAGCUUUUUCUUCCUGUCUUUCUUAUUUUAUCUUGUUUGUUAUUUUUAUUUAUUUAUUUUUUAUUAUUAUUUAUUUUUUAGCCAUGUACAGCUUGUUAACAUCAGCUCAGAAUGUAUAUUUGUAAAUA